AUGAUUAUAAUGAAUUGCUUCACAAAACUACAUUAUCGUCAAGGAUAUAUUGAUCUACUAGAGAAAAUUUAUAAAGAAUAUAAUUUCUCUGAUGGUAUUGAUAAGUCAUUUUUUGAAUUUAUACCCCCAGAUGAAGAAAUAAUAAUGAAUGAUGAUGUAGAAGGACUAUUAAAUUACAUGAAUAAUGGGACAUAUGAUUUAACAACGCUACUUGAAAAAUGUUGUUUGAGAGGAGCAAUUAAUUGUUUCAAGUUAUUAAAAGAUGAUUUUAAUGUGGAAAUCACCAAAAAAUGUCUCGAUAAUUCAUUUAAAGGAGGCAAUCAAUACAUCAUUAAUGAAUGCUUGGAAGAACAAAAUCCUGAUAAAGAAACAAUGGAAGCUGUAAUUGAAUCUCAUAAUAUUGAUAAUUUUAAGAAACUAUAUGACCUCAAUACUGGAUUUCAAAUUAAAUCGUUGGUUGUUGAAAAAAAUCUUCAUGCAUUUAUUUAUUAUUUAAAUCGAACAAAUGAUUUGGACACUUGUUUUCUAUUUUCUCCAUAUUUUAAUAUUCCAUCUUUUUGUGAAUAUUUGUAUGCUAAUGGUGCGAAUAUGAGUUCUAUGUCCACAGAUGGUGAUUCAACUCUAGAUAUAGCAGUUCUUACAAAUCAUACAGAAACUGCAUCAUUUUUGAUUUCAAAAGGAAUUGAAAUGGAUGAAAAAGCAUUUUAUUAUGCAGUUUCUUCAAACAGUACUGUUAUGGUGGAGUUACUUGUUUCACAUGGUGCAGAUGUCAACUUCAGAGAAAAAAAUACUGGUUUUUCAAUGCUUCAUAUUGCUUGCUUGAAUGAUAAUAUUAAAGCAGUUGAAAUUCUAAUUUCACACGGAAUAAAUAUAAACGAUAAUGAGAAUGAUAAGGGUUUAACCCCUCUUAUGAUUGUAUCAAUUUUGAAUUAUAAAGAAAUUGCUGAAUUUCUGUUAUCACAUGGAGCAAGCAUCAAUAUGCAAGAUAAGAAUGGGGAAAUUGCUCUUCAUCAUGCCAUAAUGCAUGAUUGUAAAGAAUUUACGGAAUUUAUUGCUAAUAAAAUUGAAUUCUUAGCAUAUCAUGAUAGAUAUCAAGUUGUUUUGGGUGAAUUUGGAAACUUCAGUGAUUUGAUUGAAAUUCUAGUGUCGAACGGUGCAUAUGUCAAUGCAAAAAAUAAGGAUUUGCAUUCACCUCUUCAUUUAGCAGCAUUUACAUUUGAUUGCAAAAUCGCUGAAAUAUUAAUUUCUCAUGGUGCUAUUGUAAAUUCUUUAAAUAUAUAUGGUGUGACUCCUCUUGAUUUCGUUAUAUUUCGUAUAAAAUCUAAAGAUGGUAAUGAUCCUGAUGUUUUGGAAGAGUUAAAUAAAGUAAGGCGCUGCUUAAUAUCUCAUGGUGGGAAAACUUCGCUACAAAUGAAGAAGAAAAUGUAG